AUGCCCACUGUCACUUCAUACAACUACCCAGGCUAUGAAGAACUCGGCAAAAUCUUCAACAUCUCAGCCGCCGUCUCAAUCCCCUCUGACGCCCGCAUCGUUGCCACAUCCGGCCAAAUCGCCGAUAAUCAUGACCCCCUGUGGGGGACGCACGCGGAGCAAUUUGAGAAAGCCAUGAUUAAUAUUCAGCGGUCCCUGGCCGCAGCGUCACCUCAUAUCACCGACACUAGACAGCUGUGGGAGGGUGUCUUCUACGUCACAUCGUUUCACGUUGGCGUUUUGUCAAGGGAGGAACAAUUACAGAUUGCCGCGAUUGCGACGCGAUACUUUGGGAAUAACAAACCUGCUUGGGCGGCUAUCUGUGUGAAUGCGCUGUUUCCACCAGAGGCAUUGGUGGAAAUUCAGGUUCAGGCGGCGUAUCGGGAUGGGAAAUGA